GUUGGGCACAUCGCCGUAAUCCGAGCCUGAAUCAGAGUCCAUAUUUUCUUUCUGAAGUCUCUUUCUUCGUCACCACAUCCACUAUUUUUUUUCAAAUUCAACAAACACAGCUAUCAUGGCAGCAUUGGAAGAAUCGCGUCUCAAGGAUGCCAUCAAGUUCAUGCAUGAGGCAGAGAAAAACACCCAAAAGAGCUUCUUUAAGAAACCGGACUGGGAUAUUGCUGCGCAAUACUACGAGAAAGCAGCGCAAUCAUUCAAAGCUGGGAAGUCAUAUGAGCAGUCAGUUCAAGCCUUUAUCAAAGCCUCUGAUGCUAUGGUCAAUGCCACUAGUUUCUUCAUGGCGGGUCGUGCUCUCGAAAACGCUGGAAAUGUAUGUCUGCAGAACCUGGGACAACCCGAACGUGCCGCAGACAUUUUCAAGCGUGCUAGUGAAUUAUUUAUCCAAAACAUGACCCCUGAUCGUGCUGCGGAAAUGUUGGAAAAGGGCGCGAAAGCUAUGGAACCCAUUUCUGUAGAUGCUGCCAUGGAUUUGUAUAUCGGAGCCUGCAACAUAUAUGAAAGUGAGGACCGUGCCAAAUAUGCCACAGACACAUAUAAGCGAACCAUUGCUCUUCUCGUCAGAAACAAGAGAUAUGAGAAGGCAACCGAGAUUUUGCUUCGACUUGGAAAGGUGCAGAGUGACUCUGCCAACAAACAUGCAUAUUACAAAACCCUUUUGAGUAUUGUUAUUGUACAGCUCGCAGCAGGAGACGAAGUCGAAGCCGGCAAAAGAUUCCAGGAGUUUUGUGCCGUUGAUGGAUUUAUUCGCUCCGAGGAGUCUGCAGUAGCACAUGCCAUGCUAGAUGCAUUUGAGCACCGCGACCAAAAUUACUACAAUCAGGCCGCUGCGCGCCAACAUGUUGGCUUCCUCGAUAAUGAGGUCGCUCGUCUCGCCCGUAAUAUUGUUAUUUCGAGUGAUCUCAUCUCGGGAGGUGGAUAUGUUGAUCCAUCUUCUGGUCCACAAAACCCUUCCCCCGGUCCUCCCAGCGGGGUCUACAACAGCAAUAGCAACAGCAACAAUGGUAACAGUGGAUAUCAGCAACAGCAGCCACCUCAUAAUGGAAACCAACCCUACUCCCAUCAACAGCCACCUCAUCUUUCACAUCAGCCGAAUCCUUACCAACAACAGCCACCUCGACCCGAGUCUCGUGGUUAUAACACGCAACCCAGUACGAUCUCUAGUGGCGGAUACAAUAUUACGCCUACUAUGGGUGGCCAAGCCCCUAUGCACCCUGGAGAGGAACGUAGUGAAUCUGACUGGCAAGCCCUAACAGGUGGGCCAUCAGCUCCUGCACCGGCACCUCAUUUUCAUCAUCAACAACAGCCACCACAACGCCAACAACCUUAUCCUCAACAGCAACAUGGGCAGCAAGGCGGAGUACCGCCAAGUCGCAACUACUAUCAGGAUGAAGAGGAUGAAGAUCUGCUGUAAGAG